GAAGGAGAAGACUUUGAAUAUUUUAUCGAAUCACUGUAUGAAUACUUCGGUAUCAGAACCAUUACAGUAGAAAAGCAAGCCAUAUUCCACUUAAAAUCACUCUUACUUUGCCAAGCAAAGAUUAUCUUUAACCACUUCUUCACGAUGGACCUAGAAACAGGAAGCUACGCUGAAAACGUCGUGGACAUGAUCAAAAUAUUACAAGAGGAAUUCGUAAACUCUCGUAAUCUCACCGUCAAACACUAUGUAACAUUCAACCGUUUGACACAAUGGCCAAGAGAAUCCCAGAAGGAAUUUGUUGAAAGACUCGUAGAAGCAGCCAGAAUAGCUGGUAUUACGGACUGUAAGAUGGUAAAACCAGGAUUUAUCAUGGGGAUGCACCAUGAGGUAUAUGAACUCGGUGUGUCAUUAGGAGCUCGAGACCAUGCAGAAUAUUUAAAAUAUGCGGAAGGUUAUUCCAACGCUUUCGACGCUUCAUAUCCCCCCCGUUAUAAUUACCCACCCAACAAUGAACAACCAACAAUUUUUUGA